GUCCCUGGUCCGACUGCGCAGGUCGUGUGCCAUCGAUUUGCUGAAUAUGGCGACGUGUUGUGCGGGCCUGGGUCGAUGGCUGCACCAGCUUCGCCGAAGAAUCCGGAAGUUCAAGGUUGGACGCAGACCAACGGCCAGAGAUCUCGUGGUGGUCAUUGCAGGCCCCACAGCUGUGGGCAAAUCCGAUGUUGCCGCAGCGCUGAUGGACAGCUUCCGUGACCAGGGGGAAAAGGCAUGCCUCAUCAGCGCUGAUUCGGUUCAAGUGUACAGAGGUCUGGACAUCGGCUCCAACAAGCCAUCCAAAGCUGAGCAGGAGAGGUGGCCGAUCGAGCUGAUAGACUGGAUGGAGCCAGACAGGCCUUGCACAGCUGGCACGUGGACAAGGGAAGCCUUGCGAUCCAUCGACAAUGCCGUGGGCAAAGGUUGCGUGCCUAUUGUGGUCGGUGGCUCCUGCAUGUACCUGGACUGGCUGGUGAAGGGCGAACCUGAUGCAGCAAAGUCGGACCCGGCAGUGCAGGCACAAAUCUCCGAAGAGCUGCGGCCCUUUCAGGAUGCCAUGGAUUGGGAUGGUGCCCUGUCCUUGCUUGCGUCGGUGGAUCCGAGAAAGGCGACAGCUGUCGAGGCAACUCGAGGUGGCCAGAUCUCCGCCGAGGCAGACUGGGAGAGGCGCUGUGUGGCCAUGCUGCAAAAGGGCUUCCUUGAGGAAGUUGCCGGGGCCUCGAUAAGGCCGGAGCCGCAGUACGGAGAUGCCGCGAGUUUGGUGGAGUUUGUGCGAAAGCCAGCUGCCAAAAUCAUCCUUCAAACUGCAAAUUUCGCAGUCGAGGUGAGCAGACUCUGCGGCCUUGAUGAGUUUGACUUCGCUUCUGAGGCAGAGGUGGAUGGUGGGGUUCGACAAAGACAGGUCCCGUAUGGCAAGGCCCCUGAGCCGCCAACUGUGCCAUUGAAGAUGCGCAUCUUAGCAGGACAAGCUGGAAAGUUUCCGGCAACUGUGUCCGGAGGGGAUAUUCUGCCGCUCAUCAGGCCCUUUCCGCAGGACUUCACAAUGAGACUGGACAACAAAGCUGUUCAGCUGCAGAGAAAGCUUUCUGCAAAGGCGCAGCUGGCUCGACACUUGCAGGCCGCAGGCUGUAAUGUACAUCCGGAAACCUGGGAUGCGCCAGACUUUCUGGCCAGUCCUCCCUCUGAAAUGGGAGGGCUGUUCUUUCUGAAGCACAGCCUCGGGGUGAAAGGUACUGGUGUACACUUGUUUGAUUAUUCUGGCCUUUUGCGGCGACUAAGCGAGCUUGGAAACAAAGGAUGCCGACAGUUCAUCGUGCAGCGCUACGUGUGGCCACCCGCAUUACAGAACGGGCGGAAGUGGGUGUUAAGGGCACAUGCUCUGCUACAUGGGAAAACCGACGGCACUCUGUGGCUUUACUGCCAUAGUGACAUCAUUUCCCUAGAGUAUGGCCAGCCUUACACAGAGCAGUUGGACCUGCGUGCCGCUCACAUCAGCAAUGUCGCGAAGAUGAAGCACCUGCCCAAGCCUACGCUGGUUGAUGACCCCGAGCUUGCGCAUCAAGUGCAUCGCCUGACGGAGCAGACAUUCGGAGCUGUUCUUGAGCAUGCGCCACGGGGGCCGUUCACUCCCGAAGAAUCGGAGCUUUGUCAAGUCUUCGGCCUGGAUGUCAUCCUGGACGCCCGCGGGAAAGCCUGGUUACUCGAAGUGAAUGACUACCCGGCGAUUGCAUCCGGCACCAUGGAGCACGUCGACACGGCGGUUUACACUCGGCUGGCGAGGGAUCUCCUUCUUCUUGUGGUUGCUCCGAAACUGGAUGGUGCAGACCCGACUCCAGGUGGUUGGUGCCAGCUGAAGUUGCCAGAAGAGCGAAACAAGUAUAACGUGGACCAGAUGGUGGAUGCUGUCGGACAGCAUCAUGCAGCGGGGACACUACUUCACUGUCUCUUUCACUGUUCCUCUUCGACUAGCAAAAAUCGCAUCGCAGAGAGGGCCAUGACCUUCGUCUGCUACUCUGGCCACGCAUUCUAUCCACUUCGACUACUUGCCUUCUUCUGGAUCGCAGUGUUUUGGACGGCUCGCGGUGCAGAAGACGAAAGCGCGCUGCUGGCGGAUGAUGAAUGUCGCACCGAAGGUUCUGAGUGCAUGCUGCAUGCACUUCAGAAGCGAGGUGUGGUGUUAGAGCACAGGGUGCCGCUGCCAUCGGAUCCCGAAGCGGAGACAGACGACAGCACCCCUGACAGCCCUGACAGCACCCCUGACAGCACCCCUGACAGCGAGUCUGUGGAGGUGGGCCGAGAUCCGGUGGAAGAAAGCACCGACGAUGCCACAGAAAACAACACCGGUAACAAGACGGAGACUCCGUCGCAGGUGGUGGAUGUCAUGGAAAAUGUCACGGACAACGCCACGGUCACCACUAACAGCACUGCAAACGCUUCGAUUAACGAGACGGUCAAGAAGGACGACAAGGACUGCGCGGAACCGUUCCUUCAGUGCGGCGGUGAAAGCUGGAAGGGGCCCACAUGUUGCAAAGGAGCCUACAUUUGCCACGAGGUCAAUGCCUACUACUCGCUGUGCAAGACAGAGGAGGAGCUCGUCAGAGAAAACACCACGACAACGACCACUACGACAACAAAUGCUGAUCCACAGCAUUGCCUGAACCCGUAUCAGCAAUGUGGCGGCAUCAAAACUGACGGCGUCGCCUAUGUGGGGGAAUCCUGCUGCCACGGGGGUUACUACUGCACGGAGGUGAAUACCAAUUGGAUGCAGUGCGAUCCGACGAAAUCGGGGGGUCCACACUUUGUGUACAAGCCUACGGAAGAGCUGAAGGAGCCCAGCAAGGCACCUCUGUUCACAUACUAUGUCUACAGGGCUGAGUCGGAAAACUCUGACUAUAUCGAUAACGUCAACGUCGGCAACCUUGCUGGCACCAUGUGGUAUUUACACAACGAGGUGGUGUGGAUGACACCACGAAAGUUCAAUAUUACAAGGCUCCAGCGCUUCAAAGUCUCGAGCAGGGCGACACAACCCCUUUACGAUUUGGGCAUGAACUUCGGAGUUCGCUACGCGUAUGAUGCGGCGCAGUGCACUGGACCUUGGAACUGCGACAUCAACUAUGGAAGGUAUGGCUACUUCGUCGGUUGCAACAAUCUGGGGGAGUUUCCAUUCCCUACAUACAAAAUCUAUUACGAGGGAGCCAAGUGGUUCACGCUUCCGGGGCCAUGCCCGGCAAAUACGUGGAAGGAGAAGGAUGCUGCUUGUAUCAAAGACCAGCCGGGUGGCCUCUGUGAAGGCACUCCCACGGGUGCUGGUGACUGCACGUUCAACAUUGAGCAUGCAGGGGAAAUCUCGAUUGAUGAGAUCGAGGGCAUCAAGAACUAUGCUCACUUUAUCAACGAAGGGUAUGAAGAGUUCAACAAGACAGCCGACAAAGGAAUCGGCCUGGACUUUUGGAACAAGAUGAACGACACCGAAGCCAACAACGAAAGGAUGGCAAAGGUGGACAAGCUCUUCAAGGAAAAGUUCCCGAACUUGCCGGGCGACGCAGAUUUGCCGUCACCAACAUGUGAUUUCAAGUUUCAAGAGUUUUACACGGGAACGACCACCACGACCACUACGACUACGACAACGACGACCACAACAACAACCCUGGCACCUCCUUGCACAGAUGCAGCAGCUGGUGAUCGUUGCUUCAGCGCAGUGCGAUGGGCCAUGCAACAUGGCAUCCAUGCUCACCCGGAGUGGUAUCCCGGCCUGUCGACACACUCAACCUUUGCUGACUUUCAGGCGCAGGUCCAUCGAGCGACGCCGGAUGUCUGCCCUGCCCCCUGCCCGAGCAGCUCAAAGCCAGUUGCUCCUGCAACCCCAGCAGCCCCAGCAGCCCCAGCGCCGGAAGAACCAGCAGCGCCCGUGACAACUGCGGCGCCCGCGCCUGUGGCUCCUGCAGGUUGCAGAGAUGCUCACCCAGGGGAGUCCUGCUACUCAGCCGUGCGGUGGGCAAUGCGCGAUGGAAUUCGAGAGCAUCCAAAUUGGUAUCCUGGACUUUCGUCCACCUCGAGUUUUGCAGACUUCCAGGCGCAGGUGCACAAGGCCACGCCCAAGAAGUGCCCUCCACCUUGCACUGCCCGGUGA